AUGUGCCAUUUAAGUGGUUGCUCUUCAACCUUUGAGUUCAGUGCCGAGCUCGACUCACACAUUUCAGCCAACUUACAUAAAGUUCCACCACCAAAUUCACGAACAUCUAAUGACAUGGUUCGACUUCAUCUGAUUGAAGCAGUACGAUCCAUCAAUACUCAAACCAAUCGAGCAACUGAUAGAGUUCGAAAACAGAAUGAUAUAAUUGAUGGUGAUGUGUCAAAUUCUGUUCAUGCCCAGCAUAUCUCAUCAGCUGGACGGACUUUGCUCACUCGCAAGCACAACAAUACAAUGAGCGAGAAGACCAUAAAUUUUAUUGAAGAUAUAUCGUUGAACUCACAUAAAAAUGGGUCAAAACUUACACCUGAUCAAGUACAACACCAAAUACGAACCCAGCGCGACCAUAGAAAGGUUCAAAAACUCUUCCGAUCACAAGAAUACCCAACUAUAAAUCAAAUUAAAUAUCAUUUUCGGAUAUUGGGACUUAAACAUGGAGUCACAGCGAAACAAGAACUGAUCGCCGAACUUUUCGAACAGAACGCCGAGUAUAAUUAA